UCCCUAGGGGUCAGGAUCCUCUGUUCGGAAGGAAGCCAGUCUUCCCACUGCCCCGGGCCAUCCCCACUGCAGCUCACAUGGUGGGUCGGGAGGCUGCCUUCGCCCCAGGAAGUCCGUCAGCCGGGCAGCCAGAAGAUGGCUAAUUACACGUCGGCACCGGACAGUGAAGAUUAUGAUGUCUUCAUAGAGGACAAUCUGAACAACAGUGGAACAGAACAGUGUGACCACUAUGACGCCAAGAUCCUGUCCGCCCAGCUCGUGCCUCCGCUCUACCUGGCGGUGUUCCUGGUCGGUCUCCUGGGCAACGGCUUGGUGGUGCUCGACCUGGUAAAAUUUAAAGAACUCAAGCGUGUGGAAAAUAUUUAUUUCCUCAACUUGGCAGUUGCUAAUGUGUGCUUCUUGCUUACCCUGCCGUUCUGGGUUCACAGUGCCUUACACGGGGGGCUGCUGGCUGACCCCACGUGCAAGAUUCUCGCCGCUCUCUCCUCCGUGGGCCUGCACGGCGAGGCGUUGUUCAGUGUCCUUCUGACUGUGUUUUUCCACAAAAGAAGCUUUUCCUCAAGUGCCAGGAAGGUGCCCUGUGCCACCGUCACAAGUGUCGUGACGUGGGCAGCAGCCGUGCUGGUCGCUUUGCCCGAAUUCCUGUUUUACCAACCUCAGACGGGAAGCCAGGAACCCGAGUGUUUCUUCAGUGAGCUGCAUUUUCUCCCAGGGGACGAGACGUUCUGGAAGUAUUUUCUCACCUUAAGGAUGAACAUCGUGGGUCUUCUGGUUCCCCUGUCGGUUUUUAUCGUUUGCUACGUGCGAAUGAGAAAAACGCCGAGGUCCCGGGGGACGAACCGUGACCUUCUCAAGCUCGUUUUUGCCAUCCCGUUUGUCUUCCUUCUGAUGUGGGGACCCUACGCCACCGCGCUUUUCCUGUCCACUUUCAAGGACUACUUCCCCCUGCGCGGCUGCAAGGGCGGCUACGCCCUGGACAGGAGCGUUCAGGUGACGAGAAUCAUCGCCACCACGCACUGCUGCGUCAACGCGCUCCUCUACGUGCUCCUGGACCAGGCCUUCUGGAGACGCCUCUGCGGCCCUUGCCAUCCGUGCGGUCGUGCUCCGCUCCCACCCACCGGGGAUGCAGCACAAGAUGCGGCGUGGGCGGAACACCACCGCGCCACCGCGGUGUGA